AUGGCGAGUUUGUGGCCAUCUCUGUGCAUUUUAAGAAGAUUGGCGAACGACGAACACUUGCAUAAGGCGUUUAGCUUUUUUGACAAGAACCAUAGCGAUUACAUAGAGAUUGAGGAGCUGCAGGAGGCUUUAAAUGAUACUAGCAGUGAGGAGGUUGUUGCAGCCAUCAUGCAAGAUGUUGACACCGACAAGGAUGGAAUAAUAAGCUACGAAGAGUUUGCAGCGAUGAUGAAAGCUGGGAUGGACUGGAGGAAAGCAUCGAGACAGUACUCAAGGGAAAGGUUCAACAGUUUGAGCCUGAAGUUAAUGAGAGAUUGUACAUUCUUCGUGUUUUUCGCCGGAGAAGAUGAAGGUGGUAGAUUCGCCGGGAUUUGUCGAGAGAAGAAGCGACGAGUCGUACAAAGUCAAGAGAUUUCGUCUGUCUUGGUACUUUCGUCGUGA